AAAAAGAGUGUGGGAGAGGAGCAAUUGAACGACAAGAAACCAGAGGAUAGGUGGAGGGGGUUGGAGAGACAGCAUUCCCACUCCCCAAAGACGGGUGGAAGCGAUUUUGGUAGUGGUGGUGGUGGGUUUUGCCAGCCAGACAAAGGAGCAGAGAGGGCUAGGGGUGUCACUGGGAGGGGAGGAGGUGGGAAGGAGGAGGGGGCUAGUCUCAAUCAGGGCUGCCUCCUUAUUCCAUCUGGCUUCAGCCCCCACCUCUUCCCAGGGCUCUGUGUGUGUGUGUGUGUGUGUGUGUGUGUGUGUGUGUGUGUGUGUGUGUGUGUUUGCACACACACCCCAGAGGGGCACUCGAUUUGCUGCCGCUGACCAUGAAGAGGCUAUGCGAGGAGACCUCUUCGGACACCGAAUCGGAUGGAAUCAUAGAUGUGGGAAAAGAAGAAUACAGCCAAAUAUCCAGGUCUGUUUCCCCAACCACUACAUCUCAGAUGCAAGCCAGGAAAAAGCGGAGAGGGAUUAUAGAGAAACGGCGACGAGACCGGAUCAACAGCAGUUUGUCCGAACUCCGGCGCCUCGUUCCCACUGCCUUCGAGAAGCAGGGCUCUUCCAAACUGGAGAAAGCCGAAAUCCUACAGAUGACGGUCGACCAUUUGAAAAUGCUCCACGCUACAGGAGGGACGGGAUUCUUCGACGCCCGGGCCCUGGCAGUGGAUUACAGAAGCAUCGGUUUCCGCGAGUGCCUGACUGAAGUGGUCAGAUAUCUGGGGAUCCUCGAGGGACAGAGCAGUGCCGAUCCCAUCCGCAUCCGGCUCCUCUCCCACCUGAACAACUACGUUUCCGAAAUGGAGCCGUCGCCGGUGGCCACGGCCCUCCUGCCCUUUCAGACCUGGCCCUGGUCCUUCCUGCAAGGUGGGCCGGCGCCCGCCGGGCUUGCCAGCCGAGUCCAGGUGCCCCGGCGGGAACCAGCCCCGGGCCUGGCUCUCUUGACUGCUUCCUCCCUCGCCUACCCCGGCCCGACUCCAAGAUCGGCUCCUCUCCGUCGGCUGCCCGGCGCCGUCCUGCCCACCCGCCGUGGCCUCCUGCCCAGCCGGGCGGGCUCCUCGUCUCGGAGGGGUCGGUCUGCUGGGGCACCGGUGGCCCCCGGAGGCCCCCCGAGGGCCACGGCGUCCAAGGACAGCCAAGUCACCGCGGCGGCGGCCUUCCUUCUCUCCUCUUCUGCCUCGGCCACAGCGGCCGGGCCCCCGCUUUACACAACCCCGCCAGCUGUGUUGAAUCCUUCUCCCCAGGGGCUGGCCGUCAGGGUUGCCGCUGCUAGACUCUGCCGCUCCUGGGCCACCGAAAUCGGGGCUUUCUAAUUUGG